AUGGAAAAGGUUCCUAUUGAGGCUUACAUACGUAUAAGACCAGGGAAGAGUUCCUUGGAAUACACAGACAAAUCUGUUCUGGUGUCAAGAGAGACUGGGGAAAUUGUAAAGUAUGAGUUUGAUGGGGUUUUCGGACCUGAGUGUACCCAGGAGCAAGUAUUCGAGAGAUUCAGAUGUAUCGUUCCGAGACUUAUGAAUGGUCGUAACCAAACACUAUUUUGCUACGGGAGCACGGGUGCCGGAAAGACAUACACGAUGGUUGGGCACGAAGGGUCUUAUGGGUUGAUGUACAACUUGGUGGAGGAGGUUUUGAGGCACGGAGGCUUUCUUGUUUCUUAUAUGGAGAUAUACAACGAGAAGAUUUAUGACUUGCUGGAGCCCAAGGAACUGGUUCUAAGAGAGUGUAAUGGGACAAUAGUGAUUUCAAGUCUUUUCACUAAGCGUAUUGAGAACAUGGAGGAAUUCGAAGAGAUGUUUAUACGGGGAACCAAAAAUAGAACGACGGCAGAAACGAGGCUUAAUAAAAAUAGUAGCAGAAGCCACGGAAUAUUGAGGAUAGGGGUCGGAGAAUACAAGCUAAACCUCAUUGAUUUGGCGGGGUCUGAAAACAAUAGAAGAACAGGCAACGAAGGAAUUAGACUCACGGAGUCAAACAGCAUCAAUAGAAGUCUUUUUGUUCUGGGAAAAGUCGUGAAUGCCAUUCUAAAGAGAGAAAGAAGGAUACCUUACAGAGACAGUAAGUUGACGAGACUGUUGCAGGACUCUCUUGGCGGUGGAAGUUUAUGCUAUAUAGUUGCCAACAUUGUCAGUGAUUCUUCUAGCAUGGGGGACUCUAUAAACACGCUUAGCUUUGCAUCUAAGUCCAGGAACAUUGUCAAUGUGUUCGAGGUGGAACAGAAGCCUAGACACACAACCUUCAAAAAAGCAGAAAGCAGCGCAGAUGGAAUAGAAAAAAGAAGACCUCUGUCUUUGAAGACAAAUAUGAAGUUCAACGUUCAAAGGGAGAGAGACAUGCCCAUCAGAAAGAGAGAGAAAGAAAACAAUCCUUGUCUGGAACCGUUGUCUACUGAUGGUUCUUCUCCAGUCGUUGAAAGGAAAAAAAGAAAAAACACGGCUUCCGAAAAAAAACGUGAAUCAAACAAUAGGAAGCGUACAGAGAUAGAUAGACGUGUGUGUUCCAGAAAGACUGGACAAGCCAGUAACGGAAGCUCAUUGAUUUUUAAAUCCUUUCUUGAAAAACCCGACAUUGCAUUGUCUCCACGCACAAAGGAAAAGAGCUACAGAGCCUUCCUAAGGAGAGCCCAGGAGCUCGAGGAAGCACAAAAAUACAAACUGGCACUGGAAGACUAUAAAACAAUGCAAAAGUUCUGUGAUAAUGAUUUCAUCAGACAGAAGAUAGAAAAGAUCAAUAUGCUGUUUAGAAGGUCUCGAAAAAAGCCUGAAGUCUCCCGAGAAAACGUAUUAGGAAUCCUUAACAAGGGGAACUUCUUUGACAUAAAAAAGCUACCCAAGGUUGGAGACAAAAGAGCUCAGGCCAUUGUAGACUUUGUAAAUGGUGGAAACUUCUUUGAAACACUAGAAGAUUUAAGGCUUCUGUUCAGCGAGAAAAUAGUGGAUUCCAUCCUUUUCUCUAUAGAUAGUGGGUAG